AAACUUUAAAUUUGAUAAAAAAAUAUUUUUAUUAAAAUAAUUACUACGUAAACGUGAUAACUAAACAGAAACGAUUGAUAUAACGCUCGAGAAAGAUGAAUCAACAGAAAAGAAUGUUAAAAUAUUGAUUGAGAAAUUAUAAGACAACUUUGUCACAUUUUGUAAAAAAAGAUAAUAGGAUCAAUAGAUUGAUCUGUUAACUACUUUCCUAAUGUGUUGACGCACACUUUAAUCGCAUGCGAGUAUAAGUGAUCAUGAAGCAUACAUCAACAACAAAACUGUUGUCAUAUAUAAUGAUCGUGAGUGAUUGCUUCGUCGCAAGAACUUAAGCAUCCUUUUAUCAUCUUCGCUAACACGGAUGACAAAACGAGAAAAUCUCUAAAGUGCCCGUACGUUUCCGGCGGGGUCGCGACGAUCACAAUGAUCUAAAAAUCUCCCGCGAUCCCACUCCGUGGCAGAAUCUUUCUCGACUCGUGCCUCCGCCUGGAUUGGCCACCACGGAAAAGCGACGUCGCGGGAAAAGCUGUGGAUUGGCCGUAGGGCGAGGCUUGCGUCGUGACGGAAGCGUUACGUCCGAUCGCACGUAGAACAGCCAAAGCUCCACCUACCUCAGAACGCGCGGUAUUCGCGCGUGCAAGCUCACGUAGGAGAGCCGAGGAUCGAGAGGGUGGGUGUCGAAGAGCAUCACCGAGCUUGUUAAGGAGAGGAGAGAAAAAUUAUUUCUAUGAGACGCAGUGAGAAAGUGAUCGAUAACUGAUGAAAGCGUCGUUGGACUUAAAUAAUAAAUUAAGUUUCAUUUUUCGAUGAACAGACAAAAUUAUCACGAGUGAGAUCAUCUACGUGAAAGUAGAGAACUUCGCGAAACAAAAAGAGAACCGGGAAGAAAAAGACCGCGAGAGAGAGAGAGAGAGAGAGAGAGAGAGAGAGAGAGAGAGAGAGAGAGAGAGAGAGAGACGAAGAGAAGGGCGAGAAGAGAGCAAAGCGUCUCUUAGGUGGGGGUUGGUCGAGUAAAAGAGGGAGGCUCUUCUCAAGGGAGGAAGGGAGAGCUGCGGGUUGAGUGUGGUAAUUCGAAAAAUAAGUCUUCGCGGGCGACAAGCACACUUGACCGAAGCACACUCGAAUCGGAAGGGUCGAGCACUCGGGAAUAACAAUUAAUAACGCCAGUCGGCCUACUGGCGAUCCUCUGGCUGUUCGAGGCCCUCCAGGGAUUAUGUGAACACGGAAGGCGCCUAGCAUUCGUCAGCCGAUCCUCCAGUCCAACGUGUCGACGGAGAAGCGAGAAUGACAGCAUGCGUGAUUGAAAAAAUUCGACGUAAAAUCUUUCGAUUUUUUCCGACAAGUUUAUACGAGUGAAAGAAGUCCAAGUUUGUGAGAAGAAAAAAACAAGACAGUGAUGAACUUAUACGGUGGAAAUUUGUAACAUGUGACGCAAGGAGCUUUCUUGUGUGUGGCUAAUCAAUGAUAGUUGUAACUAUGAAGAAGAUUGAAGAAAAAGGGAAAAAAGUCUGAAAGAGAGGAGACAUCGAGUGCACAGAAAGAACUGUUUCGAGGCAGCUCUCACUGUGAUUGUCACGAAGAGAACGCAGUAGAGAUAGCGAAGUACGAAGUGAUGGAGGACGACAAGCGCAGCGAAGCCUCGCCGAAACCCUUUCAACCGACUCCCUUCAGUAUCGCUGACAUCUUGAGCCGGAGAAACUCUUGCGCGGAUUCGAGGAGAUGUGACUUGGAGAAAAUCCAGGCCGCUGUCUCCACACCGAUAAGAAGACAUAAUCGCGAGUACGAGCGCGUGGAGAACGAGCAGCUUGACGGAAGCUACGAUCACGAUCAGGUGAUUCAUUAUCCGAGAUUGCCCACCCCGGAGUUGAGCAUGGCGCACGAGCUGGACAUCUUGAGGAGAAACCUGGCGCAAGCGAAUUUAUCGAAUUUCGGAGGCAUUUCGCACUUGACGGAAAGAACCUUCAAGAAUCACUUAGAGAGUUUGGGAAACCUGACGUACCAGCCUGUUAAAGAACCGAUCGAGACUUCUCAUAGACAGCAAGAUGAAGCCUUAGACAUGAGUAAAAAUAAAUAUCUAGAUGAGACGGAGGAUGACGCGUACGAAUCGCAAAAUUCAAGCCAGAGCUUGCAGAACAGAAAAAAACGUAGCAGGGCAGCAUUUUCGCAUGCGCAAGUCUAUGAGCUGGAAAGACGAUUUGCCGCUCAAAAAUACCUGUCAGGUCCGGAAAGGGCAGAUCUGGCACGUGGCUUAAAAUUGACGGAGACGCAAGUCAAGAUCUGGUUUCAGAAUCGACGAUAUAAGACCAAGCGGCGCCAGCAGCAAGAAUUGGGCGCUCUCGUAAACUCUGGAAGCGCCAGGCGCGUGGCUGUACGCGUUCUCGUGCAUCCGGACGAGCAUCUGAGGGGAUUGCCUCUUCGUGGUUCCGGACAACUUCCCGGGCAAAUGUCGAGCCCGCAAAUUCAUCCCGCGAACAAAGCGCUCGGCGGUUUCCCGUAUUAUUGUCUGCCGUAUCACCCGCUACUCUGCCCGCCCCUACAUACCACUCAUGUUCAGGUACAAAGCCCGAUCACACCCGAUUUCGAUCCAAAUCAAAUCUCGAAAAUCAAAGACGAAAAGUGAACAAUAGACUACUUUUGAGAAGUACCGACAACUGUUUAAAGACGAAGAUGAUGGUACUUCAUGAAAAAAAAAAGCAAAAUAUUAUCGUUUAGAAAAUGAUAAUACUUUUUAGAUAGGCGUAUUAUGAAGAGUGUUGAGAAGACUUUUUUGGAAAAUUUAUAAUGUUUACUUUGUUUGAAAUGAAUUGAAGGACUUAAAACAACAGCGUGAAAAUCAUAUUUAUUACAUUUAUUAUUAUAAAUCAAAGUCAAGAAGUAUAUCUUGCAUUUUUUAAAGUAGAAAAUAAAAAUAUAUGUUCAACAUUUGAUAUACCUAUGCUAAUUGUUAUUAAUAAUUUCUGAUAGUUUUUAUUAAAUAGCUCAGUUGCAAAAUAUGCUCCAACUUAAUUGUUUUCUCGAAGUUUUUCAAUUGCAUUUCGAUCUAUGAACACUUUGUGUGCAUAAAAAGCCCUUUUUUCAGAAUUACAUUAACACGUAUAAAUAACUGGAUUUACCAAUCAUCUUGUAGCUGUCUGAGAUCAUCGCACGCGUAUUUAUUGUAAUUCAAUGGCGAUAUAAAAACUACCAUGUAAAUUAGUCUGUAAAUAAAUGUAUAAAAUAUGAAAUAUUAAAUCUCCUAUAUUUUUUCUGGUAAUUUAAUACUUCUGUUAGCUUCCUAUUAACACGUUCUGCGACGACAAUAGGUAAUUUGUUCAUGCCGCGUAAACCUACAUCUUUUAUAUUUAUUAAGUAAAAUAUAUUUCAUAAUAGUUAAAAAUUACAAAAAUUAUUAUAAGGAAGAAAAGGCUUAAUGCAUUAAUAAUGCACUAUAUAUCGUAAUUAUUUAUUUACAUAUACAACAUUAGAAAUUAUUUUAUUACAUUUUUUUAUAAUUAAAAUAUAAAACUGUCUAAUCAAAAAGUUCAAUAUAAAUCUGUAAGGUCAUGGCAUGGAACGUGUUAAUCUUUUGAUUCUUUAAACUUUCAGAUAAAAAUUACGUUGCACAAUUAUUAUAUUGUAACAUGCUAAAUUACUGUGCUUUUAAUUUUAAUUGCAAGAAUAUUUGACGCGUAGAAAUUGCGGAGCACCAUUUUUUAAAAUAAAUCUUUAAAGAAAAAUAUGUUCAAAUUACUAACGGAAUAUGUGCAAUUAUUAGAAAUGCAAUUAGCGGAAACGUGUGCAAUGUAAAAUGUAAAAUAAAUUUACAAAUAUUUAAUUAUAAUUAAACUUGUUUAAUAUGCGCCACGCGUGUACCAUGUUCAAACUGAAUUUACCGUUUAAAUACAGAUGCGUAAAUGUCUUCAAAUAUAUGUAUAUUGACAAGAAUA